AUGAGUGGCAACAAACCGUAUGUUAUCGAAGGCAUCCCUGUCGACGCCGACCAGAUCAUUCCAGUCCGUCGUGACAUUGAUGAAUGGUAUGAAGACACUAGCCGACAGAGCAGAAUUCAGCUGUCCAUGUUUAUAUGGGCGCUACGUGAGUUCCAAUCUAUCGACUACAAAGACAGACUUUCCUACUUCCAAAUUGCAGGAAUACAUCACUUCCCAUUGAUAACUUGGGACGAGAAGGAACCUCCUGAGCCGAAUAAGUCUGGAUAUUGCGUGCACAAUAACGUUACUUUUCCCACAUGGCACCGACCAUACAUGCUCCUGUUUGAACAACGUCUGUUCGAAAUUAUGGAAACCACCAUCAAGGAUACGGUUCCCGAGUCGCACAAGCAGGAAUGGCGAAAUGCCGCUCGUCAGUGGCGCCUCCCUUACUGGGACUUCGCAAAGACUAGCGGCCCCCACGCGACUGGGCGUUUGUCAUUGCCAGUUCUUUGCGGAUUAGCCAAGGUGGUUAUAUUAAACCCUGCAAACCCUGAAACACCUAUUGAGCUCCCCAACCCUGUGUAUAAAUACAAGGCUCCCGAUCUUAUGGGGAAUCUGGAUGAACCCUUCAACAUCCCGCCUGAGCGUAUAGACCCAGAGAAAGACGACUAUUAUCCAUGGGAUAAAUGUCAGGCGACGACCAAAUACGGGCUUCUGAAGAACAACCCGCACGUACAGGACGCCGGACAGGAUGUGAAAAAGAGUAACCUCGCCUUGAAUGAGCAUCCAUGGUACAGGCCAAACAAGGAUGGCUUUCCACCUCUGCAGACACUUACUUAUGAAGUGCACCGACUAUUAAGUUUCAAGUUCAGCAGCUGGGGGGCGUUUGCGUCAACAAAAUGGUUCAACGAGGAGAACAAACCGCCCCCAUCACAGCAGACGAGAGAUAUCCUUUCCCUAGAAUAUAUUCAUAAUAAUGUCCAUAAUUGGGUGGGAGGCACGGACUAUCUUGGUGACCCUAGCAGGCCCGACUUGCAGGGAGCUGGCCACAUGAGCAGUGUUCCUGUGGCAGCGUUCGACCCGAUCUUUUGGCUCUAUCAUAAUAAUGUGGACCGGCUUACAGCUAUCUGGCAGGUCUUAAAUCAAGACCACUGGUUCGAUGAACCCCACAGCAGCGACGCUAAACCCAAUGAUCCUCUCAAACCAUUCCAUGUUAGCAAAGAAAAGUAUUUCACAUCGGAUGAUACGAGAUUCUGGCGCAAAUACGGGUACGACUACGAUAUAGUAAAGAAACCCAACACGAAUGAAGACCGCGCCCCUGGAGAAGUCAAGAUGAAGAUCAAUCAGCUCUACGGUGAACCAAUAUCUAGGCUCCAUGAAGGCCAGCCAGUCAAAUACGACUAUGUGAUCAAUGUUAUCUACGACCGAUAUGCUCUUGAUGGUAUCCCUUACACGAUUGUCUUUUACCUGCACCUGAAAGAUGAUAGCUACAAGUGUUUAGGUGGUGUCUACACCUUUAGUACUAAGCUGAGCGACGCCCAGGGCACGGAGAGAGGUGGCUGUGACAACUGCCGUGAGCAAAAGAAGGCAGGUGUCCUCGCUUCCGCUCAGAUUCCGUUAACGUAUACCCUUUAUGAGAGACAGGAGUGGCAUAACCUAGGAAAGCUACUACCCGUGAAAGAAACAACUGAUAUAAUUAGUCAACACCUCUGCUGGAAGGUCGUGGGGGUCAAUAAUUCGGUACUGUUCGACGUGAGUUUCUUGGAGAUGAUGCUGCACUACCUUCUGUGCUCUUACACCAUUGGCUGA